AUGACAAAGUCUAAGGUUGCAUCGCGUAACAUCAUGACAACUAUUGUAGAGCAAUUUCCUGAUGAUCAUCCAAACAUCAGACACAUUGACAAUUGCCGGAAUGACUUGAGAAAGGAGAUGUAUGAAGGCAGAGGAGUUGUUCAGCAAUUUCUUUAUUUGGCGAGACAGAGUCGGUAUAUUUACUGGGUCAUGGCCGAUGACCUCGGCGUUAUGCAACAUGCAUUUAUGGUGCACCCAAUCACGGUAAACAUACUACGCACAUACCCACAUGUAAUCGGUAUGGAUUCGACAUACAAGAGCAACCGAUACGAGAUGCCGUUCUUUGAGAUAGUAGGUAGUGUAACACCGACAAAUCAAAAUUUCCUCGUUGGUUAUGUGGUCAUUCGCAACGAGUGCACGACAAGCUAUCGGUGGGUGUUGCAGAGAUUAAGGUAG